AUGGAUGGUCACCAAGUUGCGAUGAACAGGACGAAGGAGCUGGAGGCCUUGUCCCCCUACCUGGAGAAUCCCCGGCAGAUAGUCAUCCGGAAUGAAGCUUUUGUGGCCAUGGCAGCUGCGAUGUUGUUCCUGCAACUCGUGCUCGGUCCUUGGCGCCGGCGGUCCGGCCAUUGGCUCGUCCAAGGUACUCUCUGGGUAGCUUACACGCUCAGUUUCCCUCUGAUCACAUACACCCUUGGUCAGAUGGUGACCUCGCCCGUGAAGAACAUGUUAUAUCCUAUUUGGGCUCUGAUUCUCUUCUGGGCAGCCGGCUGCGCCAACGCCAUCAUGGCUUAUAGUAUCGAAGACAACAAGCAGUGGAAGCGCUACCUCUUUGAGCUCCUUCAGUAUUUUGUGUAUCUACUCGCUAUAGCUGGGCUGAUAACCUCUGGCCCGAAAGAUUCUUCAUACUCAACUGCCAUUCCUCUUCUAAUGCUAACUGGCAUGGUGCUGGGGGCACUUUCGCAAAGAAUAGUUGCUGCUUGGAUGGUCACGAAUUCUAGUCCCAGCAAAGUAGUAGCCGACUACAUGAGGGCUCAGGUUCAGAUUAACACAAGAUCUAGAGCUACUCAAGAGGAGGCUUUCACAAUGAAUGGUUGCAAAUACCUUGUUUGGCAUCCUUUUAUGGAACCAAACAACAGACGUGAUGAGGAUUGUGCCAUCACCAUCGAGGCAAUCUGGGACAUGGCAUUCGAUGAUGAGAGCCUGCUCAAAAAGCAGCUGAGAGAUGUAUGCCUCUCCUUUUCUCUGUCUCACUUGCUGCGCCGCCGUUACUUUGGGAUGGAUUGUGCCGAAGCAGGACUACCUAAGACGCUCAAGUUUGCACUUGAGGGUUUGUUUCUGAAAGAGGAUCAAGGCAACCAUUACUCAGGAGCAUUCCAUGUCAUAGAGGUAGAGUUGGGCUUCCUCUAUGACUUCUUCUUCACAAAGCAUGCAUCUAUCUUUUCCAUCGAGGGUAAUAACCUUGUGAUAGUUGUUCUCAAAUUGAUUAGUACAUCUAUUGUUGGAGUACUUCUGAUUGUACAUCCCCCCAUCGUCAACACACUUGAACCUAUAAUCGAGGUUGGCACGAGAAGGGUUGAUGUUACUGUUACAGUUGUGAUUAUGGGAGCUCUCUUUCUGUUUGAAGUUCUGCAAGCUGUACUCUAUCUGACGUCGGAUUGGGCCUUGGUUUCAAUGGCUUGCAGUUAUACCAGACGAGAUACAGGCAAACUCAUUCCAUCCAUCAUUCGUUUUCUUACAAGGUUUAAGUUUUACAAUUUUCUCGGCAGGAGAAUUAAUUUGUUUGGAUAUUGGAGUAAUAAGAUCGGGCAGUCAUCGGUAAUUGGAGGCAACUUGCUUGUCGAUUGGCUCUAUUUGAGCACCACCCCCACUAAUCUAGUGUUUGCAAUACUAUACAACCUCAUUUAUUUUUCGAUCAUUUAUCCAAUGAUAUUCUCAAUGAAGAAGUUUGUGGUGGUUCCUGAUUUGGUCAAGAGUGAUAUAGUUUCUUGUUUGCGGAAAUAUAGCAACGGUGGUGGUCCACUAACUAAUGGAAGAGCGUCAUUGGAGCGUAAUGGUGUCCUUGGAGAUUUCUCCUCUACACUGGAGGAUGAUAGCCAGAUAACAGUGAUGCUUAUUUGGCACAUUGCAACUGAGUACUGCAAUAUUGCUUCUCCCGAUGGAGCAGAGGAGCGGCCUCACAGCGGUGCACAGAAAGUUGCCAGCACCUUAUCCAAAUAUUGUGCCUACUUAAUGUACUUCAUUCCAGAAUUGCUUGCCGAGAAUGCCACAGACACACUAUUCAUCGUCCAUGACUUACUGAAGAAAGUACAGAGUGCGCUGGGUGACGACAAACCGACUAGGCACAGAUUGCUGAGGAUCAUCCAGGAUUCCGAAAGCGGCAGGAGCAACCAUGCUACCAUAAUCCGCAUUCCUCCAGUCAGCAGCAACAUGGAUAACAUCAUCCACAACUCCAGCGACGGCAGCAACACCGACCAUACUACCAUCGCCCAGGACUCUGCCACCAACAACAAUGAGGAUAGCAUCCUCAUCAAAGGAUUGAAGCUAGGGAGGGAUCUGGAAGCGAAAGAUGUGGGCCUCCGCUGGAAGGUGCUGGCAGAAUUCUGGGCUGAGACCAUCAUCUACAUCGCGCCAUCAGACAAAGCCGCGGAGCACAUGGAACGCCUUGGGCAAGGAGGGGAAUUUCUUACUCAUAUCUGGGCUCUCCUCACGCACGCGGGCAUUGUGAAGCGUGACCACAUGAUCCCAACACCAGACCAGACGCCAUCCUCAGAAGAUCGUGUGUAG